ACAUAGUGCCAUUAAAUGAAAUUUACAUGAACUGUUAUUUUCAGAAACCAUGAUUUAUAACCAUCAUACACAGGGUUUCUACCAUUCAGAGGAUGAGAGUGACUCUGAGGACGCUGCUGAGCUUGAAUCAUAUCUGUACUCUCAGAUCCAUUACCAGCAGGAUUCUCCAGAACCAGAGAACUUGGAUCCGUCCCAGAGCGAGGAAACCACAGAUUUUUUCAGUAAAUCUGAACAAAAGACGAAAGCUAGUUCCUUUGCAGUAAGACAAAUCAAUGAUCUUCUUUCCUCGGCAGAUUUUUCGAAACCCUCCCAACCUAGAUCAGAUACAUCCCAACCUAGAUCAGAUAGUUCUAAAUCUAUAUCAGAUACAUCACAACUUAGAUCAGAUAACUCUCAACAUAGAACAAAUAAAUCCCGACCAUCAACCCCUGACCCUAAAAACCUAGUAACCAAUCCGUUAUACGAAUCUAGUGACUCCGAUACCUCCGAUGACGAGGGGAUCAUCAUUGUGUCCGACUCGAAGGAGAAGUUUGAGAACACCAUCACGAUCAGCUCCGACAGUGAACCGAGCACGCAGAAGUCUAAACCGCGUAGACUCACGGGAAUAGAGAAAUCCUUCAAGCAAGCACCAGUUUUCACCAAGAGAAAACGGAAAAAGGAUUUCUACGUGGCAGAGUUUGGUUCGGAUUUUGAAGAUAAUUUCCUGUCUGAUGACUCCAGUGAUAAUUCUAACACCUCGGAUGAUUCGGUUGAGAUCUUGGAUGAAUCUAGAUUAACUCUAAAUGUUUCCGAACCUGUGAAUCCUAUCUCUAGUUUUAUGGAGGACAUGGAGCAUGAGGAUUUGGAUCAGGAUCUUCCCAGAAAAUGGAACCUUGAUAUGAAGAUCUUUUAUGCACGGAUAAAUCAUAGAAACCUAGACCUUAAUUGUGAGGAUCUAACAGAUCCGACUAUACCUUGCACCUGGAGAUUAGACAGAGCGGAUACCAACCAAGAAACCAAAUAUCGGUCUAGAUAUUUUAAUAAUAAAGGACGUUGCAACAAUUGUAGUGAAACAGGACAUUUUGCUCGUGAUUGCUCUGCUCCCUUGAAACAAGGAAAAUGUUUUAUGUGUGGACUUGUGGGACACAAGGAGACACGGUGUCCUGAUAACUCCUGCUUACGGUGUGGACAACCUGGGUUUGGGUUUCAGUCUUCUUGUGGACAUUGUAGAGCUCUGGAAUCCCUUCCUUGCAAGGAGUGUGGAUUCAACGGUCAUGUGAAACGAGAUUGUCCUGAUCUCUGGAGACGGUUUCAUCAGACCACAGACGGAGAUCUACCCCAGGAUACAAACAGUAUCAAGGUCUCCAACCUGUUCUGGUGUUGUAACUGUGGUCGGAGAGGACAUCUGAUGGAAGGAUGUAGAAGAUACUUGUACUCCGAGUAUCCUAAAACAUCUCUCAAGGUCCUCAAAUAUAAUAAACUCGACCCUGUCCUAGAGGAGCAGGAGGAGGAGGAGGAACCGAACCCUGAGAAGUCGAGGAGAAAUAGACGGGAUAAGUACGCGGAUAAGAAGAGAAAAUCUGACAUUAACUCCAAUUCUCCACGUCGUAACUCCGGUAAGAAGUUCUACUCCAGGAGUGAACCUAGUACUCCAUCCAGCUGGGAGGAAUCCUUAAUAACCACAGAUCUCCGGGAUGUCAUUAAUAACAUCCACUCCAAACCAAACUAUAACACGGCUAGGAAAGAGAAACGGGAAAUAGUUAAGAUAAAACGGAAAGCGGAGGAGAAGGAGUUCAGAAGAGUUAAUAAAAGAAAAAGUUUUGAAAACGUUUUUUCUCCCUUUGAGAAUUCUGGAAAAAGCAAAAAGGAAAAAAAGCGACAGAAAUUUUACAAUUCCGUUAUGCGACAGCAGAAGCAGAAUUUUGUCGACCUGUCAGCGGUUUCUAAAAAGCGAUUGCAUUCUGUGAAAAACAACAUAGCCACAGGGUCGAAGAAGAAACAUAAACCAAAAGAAGAUAUUCAUCUUCCCGCCUUCUAUAAAUAUAGCAAGAAAUUAAAUAAAUAAAUUUAUUAAGUCUA